AUGCCAGUGGAUAUAAAUCGUCUGACAGAGGGAUGGUUGGAGUUGGAGAGUGAUCCGGGAUUGUUUACACUGCUGCUGGAGGACUUUGGUGUGGAGGGGGUUCAAGUGGAGGAGAUCUAUGACCUACAGAAGCCACUGGAGGGACCGGUAUAUGGAUUUAUCUUCCUAUUCCGGUGGAUUGAGGAGCGCCGAGCAAGGCGAAAAAUUGUGGAGACAAUUGACAUUUUCGUGAAGGAUGAGGAAGCGGUUAAUUCAAUCUUCUUUGCCCAGCAAAUGGUUCCAAAUAGCUGCGCCACCCAUGCCUUGCUCUCAGUUCUACUGAAUUGCUCAGGACUCCAUCUGGGUGAUACACUGGGGCGCCUAAAGGUACACACGAAGGGCAUGUGUCCAGAGAACAAAGGUUGGGCUAUUGGAAAUACGCCAGAACUAGCCUGUGCACACAAUUCUCACGCAAUGCCUCAGGCCAAGAGACGUCUGGACAAGAGCAGUGGCGUCUCCACGGGACGCUUCACCGGAGAGGCCUUCCACUUUGUCAGUUUUGUGCCCAUCAAUGGACAUCUCUUUGAAUUGGAUGGCCUCAAGCCCUUUCCGAUGGAUCAUGGUCCGUGGGAAGAACGGGAGGAUUGGACGGAUAAAUUCCGACGCAUCAUGGCUGAUCGCCUUGGAAUCUCAACUGGUGAACAGGAUAUUCGGUUCAAUCUGAUGGCUGUUGUACCCGAUAGACGCAUCGCCAUCACUCAUAAGCUAAAGAUGCUCAAGACAAAUCAAGCAAUAGUUACUGCCGCCCUGGAAAAACUGCUAAAAGCUACAAAUACCAAACCAGACCACAAUUCCACAUCCCAUGAUCCUUUGAAGGUGGAAGUGGACAGCAACAACAUCAAUAAUUGUGGGCAUCCGGAGGAAAAUCACAAUGAUAGGAAUUCCAUCAAGGAGGAACCACCCGAAUCAUCACAUUCCCACUCCCCGCAGCAUUUUCUCGAGCCUCAGGCAUUCUCACCCAAGGAUCUCCUGGCACUGCUGAAGAAUCUGGAGAGCGAAAUAGCCACCACGGAGCAGCAUCUCAGUGAUGAGAAUGACAAAAGGGCCAUGUUCAAAGUCGAUGAUUGUCGACGAACUCACAACUACGAUGAGUUCAUUUGCACUUUUCUCAGUAUGCUGGCACAUGAGGGGGCUCUGGGAGAGCUCGUAUCGCAGCACCUCCUAUUGCCCCGGAAGAUUCCAACAGCGGCCAAGAGAUCACCCAGCAGCACCGGCAAGGGGGCUGGCGGGAAGCGUCGCCGGGGGAAGAAUAAGUGUCGUCGUCGCAAGUAGGAGACAGCAGCAUCGAAUAUGCCUCUAUCAGCCUCUUUCCAAUGUAAAUAAGCAUUUUUUUCUCAAA